AUGGUUCUUUGGUUUCGGAAAAACGGCGGGAAACCUAUUUACAGCUUUGACGUACGAGGCAGAUCAUUUAGUAAAGCAUUGCAGUGGUCUGAUCCAGGUGCAUUUGGUCCGAGGGCUUAUUUUGCAACUAUUUCCCGACCAGCUUCCUUAACUCUUAGCUCCGUGCAACUGGAUGAUGAAGGUUUCUAUAGAUGCCGCGUUGAUUUCAAGAAUUCUCCAACCAGAAAUUUUCAAAUUCGUCUUAUUGUUAUUGUGCCGCCUCAUCAAAUGCUUUUAUAUGACAAAUCUGGUGCAGAUGUCUCGGGUGUAGUGGGACCGUUGGAAGAAGGAUCUGCUUUAGUAUUAGUUUGCGAAGUACGUGGUGGUCGCCCCGAACCUCUUGUGUCAUGGCUAGUUAAUGGAACUGUAGUACCAAAAUACAUGGGAGUAAAAUCUGAUACGCAUGUUGUUGUUAAUCGGCUAGAAAUACAAGAAGUUGGAAGAGACGACCUUAAUACUACUUUUAAGUGCCGAGCAUCCAAUACACGUCUCGUGCCACCACAGGAAAAAGCCGUUCGACUGGAAAUGAAUUUGUUACCUAUUUUUGUUACACUGUUGGAUCGUCCACAACAAUUACUUGCAAGCUCUGUCACAACAUUACGUUGUGUCGCUAGGGGCAGCAGACCGCCAGCACAAAUAAGUUGGUAUAAAGAUAACAGGAGUUUUGGAAAGGACAAGGUAAGUGAACAUUUCAACGAGACAUGGUCUAUCAGUACUUUGAUAUUUAAGUCUACACCAAUGGAUAAUGGCGCAAUAAUUAAAUGUGUAGCAGUUAAUCCAGCCCUUCCAGGAAAAGCAAUCGAUGAUCAGUUUCAACUCAACGUUGUAUACAGUCCGCUAGUAACGUUGACUUUAGGUAGUACACUGAACCCACAUGAUAUCAAAGAAGGUGAUGACGUAUAUUUUGAAUGUAACGUGAAAUCAAACCCCCGAGAACAUCGUAUAUCCUGGUAUCAUAAUGAUAUUCCUGUUACGCAAAACAUGACAUCUGGUAUAAUUUUAAGUACUCGGUCACUUGUACUGCAAAAAGUGACAAGGCGAGAAGCGGGAAAAUAUUCAUGCAAGGCUGCAAAUAUACGAGGAGAAACAUCGAGCGAAUUUGUCACGUUAAGAGUUCAAUAUGCUCCAGUAUGCAGUGAUACGUCACCACAAGUCGUAGGAGCAGCUUUGGAUGAGGCAUUACACGUGAGGUGUUCCGUGCACGCUGACCCAUCAGAUGUCACGUUUCUUUGGCAAUUCAAUAAUAGUGGAGAGAGUUUUAACGUUUCUCCAGCUCGAUUUGGGACUAUUAAUGGCAGCACUAGUGAAUUACGCUAUACGCCAGCUAGUGAGAGGGAUUAUGGAGCGCUAACCUGCCGAGGUACAAAUGUGGUCGGUCGACAGCUGCAGCCAUGUAUUUUUCAGAUUGUGCCAGCAGCACGGCCAUCACCUCCUCGUAACUGCUCAUUAUUAACCAGCAACGAUUCAAAUUGGAUCGAAGAUACAUUUAAGGAUGAAAUUGAGGAUUACGUCAUAAUACGUUGUGUCGCAGGUUUCGAUGGUGGUCUUCCACAAUUAGUGGUAUUAGAAUGUUUGGAUCCUGAUACUGGUAUAAUUAAAUUCAACAUAACUGCUAAUGAGACAAACGGCAUCGCGAUGUUUUUUAUUCCCGUUGGAUUGCUAUGGGUGAAUGAUGCAGCUUUAAGGCUCACAGUAUAUUCGAGAAAUGACAAGGGCGAUUCUGAGAGGAUCAUGCUUAACGCCUUGGCCUAUCAAGAUCCAGAGCGACGGACAGAUGGGAACCACAGCCUUAUGUCUGGUGUCUCUAGAGCUGCUUUUUGGACGGUUAUUCUUACAGUAGUCCUUUGUACUGUGACAGCGGUGAUUACUGGUUUAUUUCUGAGGAGAAAGCGAAACAGUUCGCGAACCAAGCAACACUCAUCACAUUUGCGAUUAAAUUCUGAAGAUGGUCAGUAUGUCGUAGCGUUCACAUUGAAGCCACCCAAACAGACUCAACCUGAUAUUUUAAAUCCACCGACAGAUUUUGAAAGUUCUUCAAAUGGAAAGUGUAAGUUAGAGGUGGCUGCCAAAAAUGAAACACUUCUCAUAAACGACGAGUGCCACGAUCACGAGCCAAUCCACCCGAUUCUGCCUUCACCUAAAAUGUCGAUUUCAAGUAAGCUACCAGUCACAAUGAACACAAUGACUUUAAGUAAACGUGGCCAUCUUGCAGCAGAAGAUUUACCAGGACCAGAGAGUUGUGUAUAG